CCCGGUUUUGCCGAGGAGGUAAUCUUGAAUCGUGAUACCAAUGUACAGUGUGACCCAAAUCUGCUGCCACAACCGGAUCACGUCAUGGUCAAUCACAUGUAUGCAUUAUCGAUCAAAGACGGAGUGAUUGUCCUAUCUGCCAUCACGCGCUAUCGCCAAAAAUUCGUUUCCACCGUUCUGUAUAAGCCAAUAUAG